CGAACUCACUCCCACAGAGCAGCACACACACACACAGCCGCCGCCGCCGCCGCUGCCGCUGCCGGACGGCGGCCGGAAGAUGGCCUCGCUGGCGAUCCCCGACGAGCUACUAGUGGACAUCUUCCUCCGCCUCCCCACCCCAGAAGACCUCAUCCGCGCCUCCGCCGCCUGCGUCUCCUUCCGCCGCCUCGUCGCCGACCGCUCCUUCCUCCGGCGCUUCCGCAAGAUCCACCCCCCGCCCCUCCUCGGCUUCCUCGACUCAGGUCGGCACCUCUUCCACCCCGCCGUGCCGCCUCACCCCUCCGCGCCGGCGGCCAGCGCCGUCGCCCUCGCCGCCGACUUCUCCUUCGCCUUCCUCCCCGCCCCCGCCCGGGACUGGUCCGUGCGGGAAGUCCGCGACGGCCGCGUCCUCCUCGACAGACCCCGCCGCCACGACUCCGUCGAUGGGUUCGGAGCCCUCUUCAAGGAGAUGGUGGUGUGCGACCCCUUGCACCGGCAGUAUCUCCUGCUCCCCCCAAUCCCCGAUGACCUAGCCGCUUCAGUCGUGGACCAACUCCUGGUAGAAGGGCAUUGCUUGGCCGAGACCUUCCUCGUCCCUCCCGGCAACGGCGACGAGGAGGAGGAGGGGACAUCAUUCCGGGUGAUCUGGAUGGGGCUGUUUGAAGCUAAGCUAGUGGCCGCUGUCUUCUCUUCCGGCACAGGGAAAUGGCGAGCCUUUUCAAGCGAGUUGUUGCUGGGCUUCCUGUUAUGGUCGUGGAUGGAUCUCUUCAUGUCGCGCCAUUAUGCACAUGGUUGCUUCUACUGGGUUUCAGGUUCAAUUGAAAAGUUGCUAGUGCUUGACAUUCAGAGGAUGGAGUUCUCCAUGGCUGACCACCCACUCUGUGCCAGACAUUUGGACGAUGAUGUGGCCAUCGUGGAGGCAGGCCAAGGCAUGAUUCGGAUGUUUGUGCCUAAACCCGACACAUCUCGCCUUAAAUAUAACGUUUGGCGAAACAAUGCUGGGAUUUCUACCCAGUGGCAGAUGGAGGAGAGGACGUUCUCGCUGGAUUCUGGGUCCUUGCUCACAGGUGCGGUGGGGAGGCACUUGCUCCUAUAUCAGUGUGGAAGCUCGUCGGUCCAGACAGGUGGUUUCACCCUCGACGUCGACACAUCCCAGGUUGAGAGGGUGUGUGCUUCAUUUCCUGCACCGUCACACGUAUAUUGCAACUUUUCACCAUCGUUGUUAUCGUCACCGACAGUGUCAAGUGGCGCACGCCAUGCUGACGUCCAGGGAGCUGGGGAAUCUGUGCCAGUGCCUGAAGUACAGGAAGCUGGCCCUGGGGGCGCGCAAGGAACUGUCCUCCCAGUGGUCGUUCAAGCUUCAAACCACUUGUUCGCCGUCGUCAACGAUGCCGAGGCGCGUCGUGCUGUGGCGAGGGAAAGGAGGACAGGCACACAGCAUGCUGCUGAUGUCCAGGGAGCGGGGAGCGCUGUGCCGGUGCCCCAAGUGGAAGAAGCUGACCCUGGAGGCGUGCAAGGACCUGCCCUUGCAGUGGCCGCUCGAGCUCCAAACCCCUUGCUCGUCGUCGACAGUGAUGCUGAGGAGGGUCGUGGCGGGCAGAGGAGGCGGCGCGCUGGGGCUGGACCUGUGGGGGGUGCAGGGGCUGGUAGCCGAGCUAGAGAGGGCGCGCGAGGAGACAAGGAGCCAGAGUAGCAGUACCAUUGCAUCCACGACGACCAAGGGAGUCAGGGUUGGAUGAGUGACUCGUUCCUUUUUGUAAGUUUGUUGUGUGUUGGUCGCUGGUUAUGAGGUUGAUGAGCAAGGUUGGAUUGCAAAGCUUUCACCGUUAGCUGCCCUGUUGGUCGCCGUGUCAUCGUCGAUUUUGUUGCGGCCUCGACUCAUUAGCUGCAUUGCGUGGCUGUGGGCCGUGAGGCAACGCUCGUCCAUGGUGUAUAAGAUUGGUAUUCAGCCCCCACUGUUGUGAGUAGACAUUCAUCUGAGUUAA